UCAGAGGGUUCGGUAACAGAAGCCAGGCCACACGCAAAGCAUUUGCAGAAUGACUUCAAUGGGCGACGAAUGGCGCUUCGGGCUGCUCUCGGUCUUCCUCUUGCUGGGCCUGCUCUGUGGUCACACGGUUGAGGCAGCUGACGAUGGCCCGACUGCCCAGGCCUGCAAUGUGAGCACCAGCAUGGCCCUCGAUCUGCAGAAGUUCUCGGGAAUCUGGUGGGAGAUUGCGCGCCAGCCAAGUGGCUCAAUGUUCUGCACGCAGAUCAAUAUCACAGUACAGAACACGACGGAGGAUAAUGUGCUGAUCGACACGACCUAUUCGAAUACGAUUACUUAUCCGUGGGUGAAUCAGACCAUGAAUGCAACGUUGACCAUAGCGAAUGAUACCCCGGCAGCUGACGGCUAUAACUUUACCUACUGGAAUCCGCCCCAGUAUACGCCGUAUACGGUCUGGAAGGUCUUGGAUACGGACUAUGACAGCUACGCUUUCAUCUGUGGCUACACCAACUCCACGGACAACUCGACGGCCUUCGGCAUGAUCAUCGCCCGGAAUCGAACGCUGUCGACCACCUUCUUGGAUAGACUCGAAAGCGAGAGUUCCAGUCGGUAUGAUAAUUUCCUCAACGGCAGCAUGAUUCUAAUCACACAAGACGGCACUUGCGAGGGAAAUGGUGCUGAUCCCUCGACCGCCUUUACAGCAUUCUAUGCUAUUUUUGCCUUGGUUAUAUAUGCAUUAACCAAAUAGUGAAGAACAACUAUUUAUAAGUAGGAAAU